AGACUGACAGUCUUCCCUUCCGUAAGCGGAGCCGCGCCCAGGUUAUUCGGGGACUCUGGUUCUGACUCCUCUAUGAAGCAGGAGAACUUACCUCAGGAAUGCUGCUCUACAUCCCCCAAGAUCAGCAAGGGCCUGAUGGUGCUUCAGAGCAUUGCCAGCCGGGGCUGGGACGCACAGGACUCAGAGAAGAAACCGCAAAGUACCCAGCAAAACCUCAACAAGUCAAUCCAGGCGGCCGUCGGAUGCUUCUACGGCAAAGAGGACCAGAUCAAGAAACUCACUAAACACAACAGCUUUGCGUCCGAAAUGGAAGAUAUGCGAAAAGCCUUCCUCAUGCGGCCUGGGUGUCCCCAGUUCAGUACCAGGACAACAUCCGUGUCUCAUGUGGGUUCUGCCACUAUGGUUGAUCUUCCCAGGACCUGCUCUGGAGUUUGGAAGUCGACUGAGGACCAUCCCCUAGGCAGGCUGGGCUCUGCCAGCAGUGUGGAUGGGCAGCUCUUUCCAUUCAGCAAGAGUGCUUGCGAGCUCAACUACCCACGGAAGAGGAGUGAGCCCUCAGACCUGAGUCCCACUGGCAGCCCCACCGUGGUCAAGAAGUCCCAGAGAACGAGAAUGCCCUGGUAUAUCUCAGUCAUCCAUGAGAAGGAUCACUCUCUGCUCCUGAUGGGAGAAGAGCUCCAGCGUUUCUCUGAGAUGGAAAGCCAGAUGCAGAAGAAAGAUCAGGAGAUCCUGACGCUCCAGAAGGAGAAGGAGGCCCUGAAGAAGCAGCUGAAGAACCUUCUCAGAGGCAAAGGCACAGAAACCUCUUCAGCUUCCAUCAGGAUGGACCGGUCCUUUGAGACGCCCCUGAAGCUGGGGAGGAUGAGUGUGCUGAAGACCAUAUACAAAGAAGAGGAUGAUCUACAGCACUGGAUGCAGAUGCAGGAGGAAUAUAACAUGGCAGAGAGCAGUAAGGAGCUGCAUGCGGAACCAGGAACCUCUUUAGAGGGAAAAAGCUCUGAGGGGCCACCCGAGGAGGCCGCACCUGCCAAACUGAGCAGGCCCAGUCAGAGCAAGACUGGGACUCUGCCGGAGGUGGGCCCCGAGGAGGAGGAGGAAGAGGAGGAGGAGGAAGUAAAAGGAACUGAGGAGGGAGAGAUAUCGGUGGACGAGGAAGAGCAAUCGUGGGAGCUGAGGGAAGAGGAGGAACAUCACCCCAAGAGGUCCUACUCCAUGACGGAGUCCUUUGAGGAGGAGCUGAUGACCCAGCUGGAGGAGUAUGAACGGAUGUUGAUGGACUUCCAGAGUGAGCUGGAAUUCACUAGGUCCAGAUAUUCCCUGGCCACAGGGACCAUCGCCUCUUUGCAGCGGCGAACUGACUUCCAAGAAUCUCAGCUGCGAAAGGUCACCACGGAGAACGAGCUGCUGGAGAAGGAGCUCCGGGAGCGGAAGCAGCAGAUACAAGACAUGACAGACAAGUUCUCCAACCUCCGGGAGGAAAAGAAGCAUCAGGAGAUAAUGGGACUCAUUGAGAAGGGAAACCUGAUCCUCCGACAGGAAGUUGCAGACUUGAAGAUGGAUCUUGCCAGCAGUGAGCAGACUAUUAAAGAGCUGAACACCCAAACCAAAUUGCUGGAAGAUCAGGUCAACACCGACAAGGACCACCUGAGGCGGUGGAAGGAUUUACAUGACGACCUACAGACACGUAAUGAGAUCAUCCAACAGAUAGAGCAACAGACGCGUGUGAAACUGGAGGCCACCCAGGCCAAGUACGAGAAGCUGAGGAAUAAGAUCAUUCAGGCUGUCUUCAGUGUCAGUGGGAACAAGAACUUGUCCACGGAACUCUCUGACAGCUACAUCCUGGAAUCCCUGCAGAGGAUCAUCACGGAGAGGAGUGACUUCUACAGUCAGCUGAAGCAAAAGGGCGUGAAGGUUCCCCCACUACAGCAGUCAGAUGUCUCCCUGCCCACCAAGAUCAAGAAGAUGGUAUCCAAGUGACACGGCAUGCCUAGCUGAGGCCAGGACCCUGCUGGCGAAGCCAGCCUAUGUGGCUAGUUCUGUGAUAGAUAAUUAAACUUUAGAGUUGGC